AUGGGUAAAGAUACUUUUGAACUCGCUGGCCGCGAGUGGCCCAAAGUAACAUGGUGGAAAAUGAAGGGAAUGCGAUUUGUGUAUCUCACUCUGUGGGCUGCCAUGAUCACAUCGGCGACAAAUGGCUACGACGGCUCCUUGAUGAACGGUCUGGAGGCAAUGAAGAGUUGGAAUGAGUCGUACAAUAACCCCGAUCCAAGUACUCUUGGUUUACUGGCAGCGUCAAUGUCAAUCGGAUCGAUGCUUGCAAUCCCAGUUGUUCCUUACGUUGCCGAUAUUUUGGGAAGACGUGCGGGUGUGGUAAUGGGAUGUCUCAUUAUGCUCUGUGGUGUCGCUAUGGUCUCCAUUGGCUACCGUGUCGCACUCUUCGUCGUUGGUCGGAUUAUUCUCGGAUUUGGUCUUGGUAUUGCACAGGAAUGCGCUCCACUUUUGGUAGCUGAACUGGUUCAUCCGCAACACCGAGCUGUCUAUAGUACUAUUUACAACUCUCUUUGGUAUGUGGGAAGUUUGAUCGGCGCGUGUGUUGCCCUGGGUACGAACCGUAUUGAAAACAGCGCGUGGUCGUGGCGUGUACCUUGCCUUUUGCAGGGUAUUCCAUCUGUCUGUCAGCUUAUUUUUAUCUGGACGGUACCAGAGUCCCCUCGUUGGCUUAUCUCGAAAGGCAAAAAUGCACAGGCAAAGAAAGUUCUGGCAUAUGUGCAUGCUCAAGGAGAUGAAGAUGAUGAGUUGGUGAAUGUUGAAUACGAGGAAAUCCAGCAAACUAUCCAGUUAGAGAAGCAGUUUGAAGGAAAUUCCUGGUCUGAACUGUGGUCUACUCCUGGAAAUCGUCACCGUUCGAUCAUCUUGAUCUCUAUUGGUUUCUUCUCGCAGUGGUCCGGCAACGGUAUUGUGUCUUAUUUCUUGCCUAAGGUUCUCGAACUUAUCGGGAUCACCAAUAGUAACACCGUCUUGACCAUCAAUUCGAUCCUCAACGCUGUCAACGUCGUCUCGGCUACCGGUAUCUGCUUUUUCGUUGACAAAUUCGGUCGACGCAGGCUCUUCCUGACCUCUUGCUUCGGUAUGAUCGCCUGUUUCGUGGCUACAACCAUCGCUCUUGCUCGUUUCCAAAUCUCAGCCGACAACGGUAUCACGAAUCAAAAUGCUGCGAAUACCGUCAUCGUUUUCAUAUUCCUUUACUACAUAUCCUACAACAUUGGCUUCAGUGGUAUGCUUGUGUCCUACUCUUCGGAGAUUCUUCCCUACCGCCUCCGCGCCAAAGGUCUCACUCUCAUGUUCUUCUGCGUCGACCUGAGCUUGUGGUUCAAUCAAUACGUGAACCCAAUUGCCAUUGCACAGAUCAAGUGGAAGUACUACAUCGUCUAUUGUGUAUGGCUGGUUGUUGAGACCGUCGUCGUCUGGAAGUUCUAUAUCGAAACCAAGGAGACUCCUCUGGAAGAAAUCGUGAAAUAUUUCGAUGGCGACAAUGCUAUUAUUGGAGGCGCUUCUGCCACCGAAAAAUCCCGUCAAUUAGCUACCGCAGUUGACGACCCUGCAACCCAUGACGCCGAGAAAGUCGGCGCCGUACAGACUGAAGUUAUGCAUUAG